AUGGUUCUCCAGUGUGGCUGCGCACCUGUGUUUCAAAAUUGGUUGCAUUUCGGGAUGAGCUUCCCACCUCCUGGCCACGGGCAGUAUCCGCAGUAUAUACCACCGCCGUAUCAGCAUGGGCCUCUGCCCCCGCAGAUGCUGUAUAAUGCUGGUCCGCCGCCAGCGCCCUAUGAUGGCUAUGGGAAGCCGGGGAUGUAUCCUCCCUCGAUGAUGCGAUACUCAUAUCCAUCGACAUAUACUCAACCCCAGCAGCAGGUACAACCGCGUCAUCCAUCACAAACACCCCCGCAGCAGCCACUUCAAUUGCAGCAACCUCUCCAACAUCCGCAAUCCCAACCACAACCGCAACCACAACUUCUCCCUCAGCUACAGUCACCUCAACCUCAACCUCAACCUCGGCCUGCUCCUGCUACUGCUCCUGCUCCUGCUCCUGCCCCUGCAUCUGCACCUCCCCCUGCACCAGUGCAUGCGCCCGCACUUCCACGGAUUCAACAACAAGUUCGGCAAGAGGACUUGCAGCAUCAGUUCGUGAAUCCCGCGCAAUUAUUUGUGAAUCAACCUUUGCCCACUGCUCCGCGAUCCCGAUACACCCAACUCCCUCAGUAUGCCGAGUCCCCUAUUAUGCCAACUGCAAGCCCUUCACAAAUACCCCCGGAACCCUCGUUUGCCCCACCAGCUGCACCAGUCCAUGUUGCUCCGCCUGCUGCUAGCUCUAGGAUGCAGACUCCAAGCAACAAAGGACAAACAAACAUCCAUAGUCAGCAGCAACCUGCUCAGGUACCGAAACCACAAUCUCAACUGCAACCGCAACCGCAGCCUCAGGCGCAACUGCAGCCACAACCCAUCAUCAAAGCCGAGCCCAAGCAACCUCACAUCUCCCCUAAGGUUGAAAUACAGCAAAUUCAUGCAUCUCCUAUUGCAACGCCGAAACGACCUCAGCCAGCUCCUUCGCCAGUGACACUUUCUCAGCCGCAAGUUAUGGUCCCAGCACCCUCUCCCGACGUUCAAGCAAAAAUACGGAUGCAGAACCAGACACCGAAGAAGCAGCAGACCCCGCAGCACGUGGAAAAGAAGCGACCGAUUCAACAUCCUGCCGAAAAGAAUCUGAAGUCCCCAGCUCCUAAACCUGCGAAACCUCCAGUCGACUAUCAGGUUCUCUUGUUGUCAUUGGCCGAUGAAUAUCUUAACGCUGCUCAUUCUCAUGGAACAACCACGUCUCUUGCUACUAGCGGGGCGGAUGUUGAGGAAUACUACAAACUAGUCGCUACUGGACUGGGCUGCUUAGAGGCUGUCUUGAAGAACUGGCGGCUGCAACCACGCAAAGAAGCGCUUGUGAGACUUCGCUAUGCGCGUACGUUGUUCGAGGAAACGGACAAUGAUAUUGAGGCGGAAACUGCAUUAAGCAAAGGAAUCGAUCUUUGCGAACGAAACCGUAUGCUUGAUUUGAAGUACAGCAUGCAGCAUCUCUUGGCACGAAUGAUCCACAAGUCUAACCCGAAAGCAUCCUUGAAAGCUGUCGAUGGUAUGAUUCAGGAUGUGGAAGCGUAUCGGCAUGCUGCAUGGGAGUACGCUUUCCGUUUCCUUCGAGUAACACUUUCUUUAUCAUCUCCAUCGCACCAAGACUCGGUACAGGCACUACAGCACCUUCAUAAGAUUAAAGCCAUGGCAAGUCGGAAUGGAGACAAGGCUGUCUCGGCAAUGGCGGCUGUCAUCGAAUCACUGGCACACUUGCAGCAAGGAACAAACUCGGACUCGAUUGAGCAAGCGCAGCGUGCCGUGGCUGUUGCGCGUAGCCAUCAACUAAAUGAUGAGCUUCAACAUAUUCCCCAACUUACAACCUUGAUCCAGAUGGUUGAUAUUUGCUGCAGCCUUCUUGAGUAUGAUGUCAAUCAGUCCGGCCAAAAAUUGAAGAUUAUGCAGGCUUUGAUGGAUGAGACACUUGGCGACACUAACUGGCGCCCCGAUGGGUCAUUCUCCGUCCCACUCAAUGGAAAGUCGGCUGGACCCUCAUCAAUUGAUACUGGUGACAUCUUGCUAGUGCAGAAUGGGACAUUGUGGUUGAGUUUUAAUUGGCUCCCUCAGCACGACCUUUACGCGCUUUGCUACUUCCUUAGCUCAAUCACACUCAGUGCAAAGAACUCAUACGAUGGCCGGAAAGCAGAGAAGUAUCUAGAGGAAGGUCUUCGUAUGAUACAGGGCAACUUCAGGGCCCCUCAAGAGAUUUCAGAAUCCAUGGUCAAUGCCAACCGCAGAGUGCAAUGGCGUCAAUCUCUCUACUGCAACUUCCUUCUACAAAAGGUCUUUCUGGCGUGCUCUCGAACCGAUUGGGAGCUCGCUAGCCAAACCCUAAAAGACCUGCAACAGGUCUUCCAAGAGCUUGGGUCCACACUUCCGGAUACGAUCGAAUGCUUAAUGGAAUAUGCGGCCGGUACCAUCGCACAGGCAACCGGUGACCUCAAAACCGCACUGGCUAUCUUCCAAUCGCCGCUUCUGUCGCUCAAUGCAUCAACCAGCAAGACAGCACGAAACGAGCCAUGUCGUGACACGCGCAUCCUCGCUGGUCUGAACAGCGUCUUGAUAAUUCGCGAUCCAACCCAUCCAUUGCAUUCCCUCUUACCAAACGUUCUAGCCAACAUCGAGCCCUUCUGCCAGAGCAGUCCAAACAAAUACAUCCAAGCCGCCUACUAUCUAGUCUGCGCAACCUUCCAAACCGAAUCAACCAUCCAGACCAAACAAUACCUCCAACAAGCUCUCCAGUCUGCCACAGCUAUCAGCAACUCCCAGAUCACCUGUAUGACCCUCACCUUCAUGAGUUGGAAGUAUUUCCGCGGCGUAGUCGGCGAGCAAGCCGAAAAGAGUGCCCGCGCCGGCCGCGCCAUGGCCAAACGCGCAAACGACCGCUUAUGGGCGAGUGUCACUGACGACAUGCUGGCCGAGACUCUAGAACGACAAGGCAAGAGCGAGGAAGCCCAAGGUGUUCGCGAAGAAGGCCAACGCUUGGUGGCAGGUCUUCCACCAGGUCUGAGACGUUUUGCUUAG